AUGCACGCAAUCAGGCGAGUGAUCGCGAGUGACAAUAGCUGUUUAUUCAACGCCGUCGGGUACUGUUGCGAGAAGUCUCUUCGCGAGUCGACUCGGCUGAGGAAAGUCAUCGUGGACGCCAUACGCGCCGAUCCGGCGACGUUCGACGAGGCGUUUUUAGGAAAAGCCCCGACGGAAUACGCAGACUGGAUUUCCAAGCCGAACAGUUGGGGUGGCCAAGUGGAGCUGUUCAUUCUCGCCAAGGCGUUGCGCGUGGAAAUCGCGGCGUACGACAUUCAAACCGAACGCUGCGACGUCUACGGCCAAGACGCCGACUACGAAGACCGUAUCAUGGUCAUUUACGACGGUUUACACUACGAUUCCAUCGUGUUAAACCCAUCUUCCAUCGGUGCUGACGUCGAGAAAGACGUUUCCCGCGUCCCCGCGUCGACGCCCGCGCUCGCCUCCGUCGCCGCUCUCGUCCGCUCGCAGCACGCAGCCAAAAAGUUCACCGACACCGCCAAUUUCUCUCUCCGCUGUCUCGUCUGCCAGAAAGGUCUCACCGGCCAAGCCGAGGCCGUGGCGCACGCGAAAUCAACCGGGCACGCCAACUUCGGCGAGUAUUAA